AUGAAACAAUCUCCGGGUUUCAUUCAUCCUGACUUUCCUGAUCAUGUUUGUAAAUUGACCAAAGCCAUUUAUGGCUUAAAACAGGCUCCACGUGCAUGGUUUCAUCGCUUUAGUACAUUUCUUCUUUCUCAUGGUUUUAUUUGUAGCAAAUCUAAUACUUCUAUGUUUGUUCGUCGUUCUUCAUCAGGUAUUCUUGUCCUAUUGCUUUAUGUUGAUGAUAUUAUUCUAACUGGUAGUCAUUCAACUCUCCUUAAUCAAUUCAUUAGUCUUCUUUCCCGUCAAUUUUCCAUGAAAGACUUAGGUGAGCUUCAUUAUUUUCUUGGUGUCCAAGCUAUUCGCUCGUCUAAUGAUCUUCAUUUAUCUCAACGGAAGUAUAUUUCGGACCUGCUCCUCAAGUUUCAUAUGUAUACUUGUAAGCCAGUUGUUACUCCUCUAGCUUCUCGCACUACUAUUUCUCUUAUGGAUGGUGAGUUACUUUCAGAUCCUAGUGAAUAUAGGAGCAUGGUAGGUACACUUCAAUAUUUGACUUUGACCCGUCCUGAUAUUGCCUAUGCUGUGAAUCUUGUUUCUCAGUUUAUGCAUGCGCCUCGUAAUACUCAUUUGCAUUGUGUGAAGCGUAUUUUUAGGUACUUACAGGGUACUCUUGCACAUGGAUUGUUCUUGCGUGCUUCUUCAUCUAAUUCAUUGGUAGUUGCUUAUUCCAAUGUUGAUUGGGCUGGAUGUCUCGAUAGUAGGCGUUCCACGACGGGCUUUGUCGUGUUCUUGGGUUCCAAGCUUAUCUCUUGGCGUGCGAAGAAACAACCCACAGUUUCAAGAUCAUCUACAGAGGCUGAAUAUAGGGCUAUUGCCUAUACUGUAGCUGAAACUUCUUGGAUUCGUCAUGUUCUUUGUGAGCUUGGUCUUUAUCUUCGUGAGCCGAUUCGAGUAUUGUGUGACAAUGUCAGUUCAACAUACAUGUCUCGUAACCCAGUAUUCCAUGAUCAUUCUAAGCAUAUUGAUAUUUACUAUCAUUAUGUCCGUGAUAAAGUUGCUCAGGGGGGUCUUGUUGUCCAAUAUGUGCCUUCUCACUUACAACUUGCUGAUAUUUUUACGAAGGGUUUAUCCUCAUCCCGUUUUUGUUUUGUGCGUGACAAUCUGUCUGUUAUUUCAGUACAUCCAGAUUGA